AUGGCUGCUCAUCGAGUGGCGCACCUCUCUGCUCCCGCCGCGCGUGCUACGCUCACCCGUCAACGACACGCACCCCUCCUUCCAAGGCUUCCCGAAGCGCGGUCGCCGGUCUGUAGUGCGAGGCUAGACUACGUCACGAGCAGAGCCACCAGAUUUAGCUUCGCACCUAUCACAGAUGCCACCGUGUUCAACGGCGUCGCAAGCAGCCUCGCAUCUUCCCGGCCAGCUUUAAUAGUUUCUCGCCGAUGGCGCGUUUCCGCGAGCUCGCGGAGUGAUGGAGCGAGCGAAGGCGGUCAGGGGAAGAACGAUCGGAGUGGCGACGGUAGCGAGAAGAAGGAGGGGAACGGGAAUGGCGGGGCAGCGGGAGACGCGGAGAUGCAGCAGCUGUUGGCGGACAUGAUGCAGCUGCAAUCCGAUAAGGCGCGUGUGGUCACAUUGUGUGCGCUCACAUUGUGCUCAGCUUGUGCUCACCGUGUGGUCACAUUGUGCGCAGUGCUGCUUCUCAUUGAACGAUGCGCUGCAUACUUGGUACGCGUGGAGUCCUUUGUAGAGGAGAGGACGCAGCUGCUGACGGGGAUUGCUGAGUCAGCAUCAGCAGAGUAUGCGAGGAUUGCCGAAGAGGCGAAGCGGGGCAUGGAAGAGGCAAGCAGCAAGGUGCUGCAGCAGGUGGAUGCAGAGGCAGACGAGUUUGAGCAGCAGCUGGCAGCAGCGCGGGCAGACAUGGAGCGCAGCGAGCGCGAGUUUGACGAGUUUGAAAAGUCCGUGGAGGAGAGGCGCAACUCGCUGCUCUUCUUCAAGCAGCUCUACCGCCGACCCUCCGAGUCCUCGCCUCCUGCUGCUGCCGCUGGUUCACGCGGCUCAGAACCUGCAAGCCGAGGCACGAGGGGAUUUGAUUCGUCGGAUGACUCCUCGUCAUCUUCAGCAUCGCUGCAGCCCCGCACUCAAACACCCCCUUCGGCUUCGUCCUCGCGAUCUGUGCAAUCGCUGCCCUCGUCCAAUGCGGCGCUCUCUCGCAAGGAGCAAGCACUGAAGGCAGUACCAGAGCUGUUCUCAGCGAAUCAAAGGGCGGCUGCAUCGCCGUUUCGUCACAAGGUGUAUGCUGCCCUUGUGGCUAUAUCAGGGCUCUCUCUAGUGCAGGCGGUCACGCAUGAACCCAAGGAGUGGCUGCAGGUGGCUGCUAGUGGGCUUGUGUUCUCCGCACUGCUGGUGCAAGCACUGUAUGAACGAUCGCUUGCAGGAAAUGGUAAAGUUGAUGAGAGAGAUACUGGUCGCAACAAGUAG